CAGCAGUCGACCUCUCACAGCGAGGACGACUGCUGAACAAGAGACCCACAGACACUUAGUGAAGUUAUCCAGCUCCUGGUCGCUCCUCAUCCUCCUCUUCAUCACCUUCAUCCUCCUCAUCCUCGUCUCCUGGACGCCCUGAUGGCGAGCAUCCUCCUCCUCCUCCUCGUGCUGCUGCUCCUCAGCGGGACGCCGGCUCAGAGGGUCAGAGUUGGUCGUCAGAACAUGAAAGUUCGGAUCAACGCCACCGGCGACACCAUCGUGAUGAAGUUCGUCCGUCCGAACCCUGGCGUGAAGCUGGAAGGUUACAUCCUGGGAUACGGCAGCAGCCUGUUCUCCAAACAGUUCAUCCAGCUGCCGGAGAACGGGCGAGCCUACGAGGCCGAGAUGGACGCAGAGCCCAAGUACCUGGUGGCCGUUCAGCCAAUCCCAGUCAACGAUGUGAAGAAGCACUGCACAGGUAAAGUGAACCUGGAGAAACCGCUGCACCUGGUGAUCGGCUCCGUCAGCCCCACAGCCGUGCUGCUGUCCUGGGGGAACUACCUGAAGACGCCGUACGAAGGAAACGUCAUGAACGAGUGUCUGGAGGACGGGUUUUACACCAUCCGCUACAGAGAGAGGAACAGGAAGUGGAAUUAUCAGACCUGCCCGACCAGCGACACCGUCAUCGACAACCUGAAACCAAACACGCCCUACGAGUUCGGCGUCCGAUCCAACAAGGACGACCGCAGCGGCUCGUGGAGCAAACCGGUCGUUCACAACACCAACAUGAACAAUAAAAAUGCUCAGAAGACGUUUAAGCUGCGUAACCCUCUGGUCAAACCGCUGAAGCCUCACGGCGCUCACGCUCUUUUCCCUCCUCGUCCUGCGCUACACAACCGCACACAGCCUCGACUGUCUCCCCUCAAACACCCAGGAUUCCCCGGAGCGCCGCGCACGUCUUUUGCGCCACCUGAGGGCCAGCAGGAAACGUUACCUCUUCCCGGCGCCGCUGAGCCUAAAUGGCCUCGAGCGUCACUCGACGAAGGAAACACUGUUAAAAACGACACCAACCAACCGACGGAUCCUCGUCCUUCUGUCCGACUCCUGGCGUCCAAAGUCGACACCACAGCCGCCCCCCUAACUAGAUUACCCCCCCACAGGGACUCGCCUCAGAACGCUAAGACGCCCACUAAUGCACCUGAGAAGCCUCGUAACCCUGCGGCUUUCAGCCAAUCACAGGACGGAUCAUCGCUGCUGAGAACAGCUCUGACCAAUGAGAGGGCUAGAACUAACAGCUGGGGUCAAAGCAGAAACUUCGGCCCGUCGCUGCCUUUACACCCGUACGACCCGGCGGCCAGAUCCUCCAGGCCGGCGCCAAGAAACCCCCUCUUCCCCUCCUCUAACGGCUUCAGACAGCCCCGCCCCUCCUCGUCCUCUAGAACCAGUAACUCGUCCCCGACCUCCGGGAUACUCGGGGUUACCGGACAUCACCACCGGGGCAUUUCCCCCCCCAAACCAGCCUUAUGGCACCGACACCGACUGGUGAACAACUCGCUGCUGGACGACGACACGUCUCAGCUCCCUGAUGUGUUUGGUCGUUCUGGUCCCGGGGUCGAGGAGGAGCGGUUUCAUGGGUCUCCGGCUCGUCCCCUCAACAAGAGGCCGAACCUGGUGGGGAAACCUGGAGAAACAGACAAAGUCAACGACUUCAAGCUGACGGACAAGUUAUCGAUCCUCAAACCCAAAGUCCCUCCAGCAUCCACCAAACCAGAGCGGAGACCGACCACCACCACCACCACCACCACAAGUACGACCACGACCACGACCACGGUGGCACCAACACCUGCGACUCGACAGGAAACGUGGGAAGACUCCGACCUGUUCAAGUCUCAGCCGACGUCAGAAAUCGACGCCAUGGGAAAUAAAAGAUUUGUUGCUCCUCACGUCGUUUAUCAAACAGGAAAGAAACCGGACGAGCCGUGUUCCAUCACCUCCUCCCUCAGCUACUUUCCUGAAAACGAACACGGUGAGGCCAACGCGACUGCACCGCCCAAGACUCCGCCCUCAAACCUCACCGUGGUGACGGUGGAGGGAUGUCCGUCCUUCAUCAUCCUGGACUGGGAGAAAACCGACAACGACACCACAGAGUAUGAAGUCAUCUCCACCGCUAAAGGACCUGAUGGCGAGCAGGUUUCCAUCCUGACGACUAACCAGACUCACACGGCGGUGGAGAACCUCAAACCUGAGAGCAGUUAUGAGUUCAAGGUGAAACCAAAGAACGAUCUGGGCUCGGGUCCGUCCAGUGAACCAGUUUCCUUCAACACAGAAUCAGCCGACCCUCGAGUGAGCGAGAACGUUUCAGGUAAAGACGCCAUCUGGACUCAGUUCCCCUUUAAGACGGACUCGUACUCCGACUGUCACGGGAAACAGUACGUGAAGAGGACCUGGUACCGUAAGUUUGUUGGUGUCCAGCUGUGCAACUCGCUGAGGUACAAGAUCUACCUGAGCGACUCGCUCAACGGUAAAUUCUACAACAUCGGAGAUCAGACCGGCUUCGGCGAGGAUCACUGUCAGUUCGUCGAUUCCUUCCUGGAUGGAAGAACGGGUCGACAGCUGCGAGCCGACCAGCUGCCGUCCAGACCCGGUUUCUACAGAGCCGUGCGACAGGAGCCCGUCCACUUCGGACAGAUCGGAGGACACUCCCACGUCAGCUACGUCUCUUGGUACGAGUGUGGAACACCAAUCCCAGGAAAGUGGUAGACGGACCCGAGCUCAGAGUCGUCCUGGGAGACGCCUGAAAGACGAGCAGGUCCUGAGAAAGUGCCGGAGCUGAGACGUCAGAACCCAGAGCUUCAGAAACAUGGACUUUAUGGUCAGGGAACUUAAACUGUAUCAGUAAACGUGUGUCAUCUUUAGUAUUUAUCAAAGUGACGUUCGUUUCCUCUGCAGUAAAACCAAUCUCACGUUAUAGAUUUUAUUUCGUGUUCAGAUCAUGGGAAGCUGGCUCCCUGUUUUCAUGUUAUUUAUCGAAAGCUCUUUGGUCACAUGACAUCACCACGGAGACGCUUCUUCUUCUUCUUUAAAAUGGAAAUAAGACGACGUCCUGCUUCACUUCCUCCUCUGUCACAAACUGGAUCUAAACAAACGCAGUAUAAACACAACGAGACGUAAACUCAUCAACAUCCGACCAAUUCACUUUCAGGAAUCAAAAAAUCCUAAAUGUUUCUAUGGAUCUGAGAAGAAAGUGUAGAAUAUUUUACAGAAGAACCUUUUCUUUCAUCAUCAGGUGUCUGCAGAAUAUGAAUCACUUUCUCUUUAUUUAUAAAACAUCAGGAAACCAAAGUGACGGAAUUUUGACAUGUUUACUUAAAAAUCGACGUAAACGUUGAUUAUUUGAUGAACGAUGUCGCCGUCCUCUGUGUUCGAUGUUUAAAUUCAGGCCAGAUUUUUGGUGCUUUAACGUUUCGUACAUUUCCGAUCGUUGUCACGAACGCUGCCUCGGACUCACACAGAGGAAACAAUAUGGAGGCUUCUACACUUUGCAAUUUGCACAACAAAAAUGUAUUUAUAUGUAUAUGGAGAGAAUGUAUUUUGAUAUACAUUUUUGCAGAUGCAUCACCGUGGCCUUUUUGUUUACGAUAACGUUAUAACUCUUCUUCUUCUCUGAUGCUAAAGCACAAAUCCGACAGGAGAAAAUGGCUGAUAAAUCUAAAUAUUCAUAUUUAAACAAACUCUUCGUGUAUUUUACCAAACAAACAGACGAUAAAGUUGAGUUGUUGUGGUGGUUAGCAUUGGUUAGCAGAGGUAUAUCAAAGGCUACUUAAUUCUAAAGCUACGUGGCUAGCUAACCAGUUGCUCAUUACAACUAGUUCACAAACUGAAGCCACAGAGAUGGAAACUGUUUGUUAUGACAAUAAUGUCGAGCUGAAAGUGUAAAAUAUGACAUUGGACAUGAAGAUAACGAAAAAAAAUUCUUUAUAUUUUCAACAUCAAAUCAAACUGGGAGCAUUAGCUAAGCUAGCUUCAUUAGCAAGAACAGCGCAACGUCUGACUUCCUGAAAAUCACAAAAUGUCCAAGAUAAGUAUUUGAAUGAUUCAUAGAGAACAACAAAGUCCGUCAGAUGUUUUCUAACGUGACUAAAGGAAGGUUAGCUAAUCAGUGGGUUUGUAUCUUGCUAAUGAGCCAUGAAGCUCACGUAACUAUAGCUUUACGAGUUCACAGGAAUUUUAGGUGUAAAAUUGAACACUGGGUUUGUCUAAAUAUAAAAAAACUAAAGUUUUUUAAGUCGCCAUGUAUCUCAAAUGUCGUAGAACAGUCCUGGAUUGGGGCUACGAGCUAACAUGCUAAUGUGUUUUUGUCAUUAAGCCAUUCAUUUCCUGUUGUUUCUAAUGUUUGUCCUGGUGACGCUGAACUUUAACGACUCUUUCAUCCAAUCAUCAUGUCAAAUAUGUUCUGUACGUUUGUUUUUAUAUUAUUUUCAACAAUAAAGACGUUUGAUUCUUUUUUUAAA